AACAGUCAAAAGCGCGAAGUUGCCCGGCAAGUCGGCAUGAAAUGUCAAAAUGCAGUACAAAAACUGGGGCAUAAAAGAAGACGCAGGAGCACAUGCUUUACUUCAAUAACGAAAUUUCGUGUUCCACCAUGGUCCGGCCCUGGCAACUGCUACGCUUCUUCCUCUUCCUCCUGGGUUCUCACUUCGUCGGUUGGGUCAUCGCGCACCAGGAAACAGGCAAGUGGCGCUGCGAGUCGGAGUCUGAGAUCCGAGUCCUGGCCGAUUUCCGACCCGGACUCAUCACCCUCGAUGGCCUGGCCGAUGAUUGGAAGGACAUUGACGGGUUCGAGUUCCCUCUCCGUCCUGCUCUGGACCCCGACCAGGACCACGAGUACUCCGGUGGAAAAAUGACCGUUAAGGCUUUGCAUGAUGGACAUGAUGUCUUUUUCUUGUUGCAAGUUGAUGGGAACUAUGCAUACACUAGAGGAGAAAGCACCAAAUGCCCAUCUGUGGCUCUUAUGUUCAAAAUUGGUGAAGGUGCUUCCUAUCAUAAUAUGGGUGGGUGUAAAGAAGGACCUGACUCUUGCACGAACAAGACUUGCAGGGGCCAUGAAGUUGACAUCAUGCAUUUCUCAAUUGGAACAGCUAUUCCGGGACGGCUCUAUGGUGGCAAUCCAAUAGACAAUGGAGAUGGAAAUGGAGGUGAUAGGUUUGGUCAUUUGGUUGAUCUAUAUGGUUGGAACCCACACUGUAGAUACCCCGAUGGCGUUGGUCCCACAGAAAAUGAUACCAGUGCACAGAAUAACUGGAAAGGAUCAUGGUGGCACAGCAGCAUUAGCUCUCAAUCAGGAUUUGUGGAGGAAGACAGUCCUUAUGGCACAGGCGGUCAGAGGGGAACCUAUUACUUUGAAUUUUCUAGGCCAUUGAGAACUAUGGAUCAUCUCCAACAGGAUGCUCAGUUCACCAUUGGUGGAUCAACCCAGAUGUCUAUCGCAUUCUGGUAUCCUGUCAAUGGCAACCCCUGGCACGGAUCUGGCCACUAUACCAUCAACUGCGAUUGGGUACCAUUGGAUCUCUCUCCAGGUGGUUCUCUAACCAAGUCUGCACCAAGCAGCAGCCACGAUGCCAGUAGCAGCUUUGCCCUUCUGUUCUCUGUGAUCUCCCUGUGCAUUACUGUAUUCGUGGUGUAUCAGAUGCAUAGACUCAAGACCAAGGGUGACCCCGUCCCACAAAGUGAAAAUGAUAGUCUUUAGAUGGCCUUGUGAGUUUUUCAUAUGGGUUUGCCAAUGUACUGUAGAUUGAAACUUGUACUGCCUUACUACAUUGAAGUGUACUUCAGUUGCGUACACUCCAUUCCCUUUUUUUAUUGGGAUGAGAUUUUAGUUUUUAGUGGUUUAUUAUUAUCUCCUUUUUGGGUAAAGUUGGUCCUUCACUGUACUUGUUUAUAA